CCGAGACAAUGCCAGGACGGUACCUCCAACUUGCUAGGGAUAUCAUGAAACCUUUAUGCAAGCUCACCUGUGACACGAGCCCCGACACUCCUCACGCACUCUCAGUCAAAGAGCCGUAUCAAGUGACACCACCUCCGCCUUGUCAUCGUCUGCACUACUCUCGGAACCAGAGCCGAGUGCGCUCGGUCUCCAAUCCGCUGUUUCCACGCACGCCCAGCUUGUGUUUCGAGCCGUCGAACUUGCCGCAAGCCUCGAUCUUGUCAUCAAGGAGGUUUUCCAGGAUCCAGGGCAGGAUGACGGCAGGAAAGACACCAAACGGUCAGGGACUCCGUCACGCAAAUGGACUUGACUCCGAGUCGGACCCCUGUCACCUUCAUCCAACGGCCCCACUGGCAGGACCGAAACAUCCGAGACGCUCGCCGUUCCAUCAAGAAUGUUCCUUUUGUUCGACACCUUAACGUUGCCAAAUCCACCAGCCUAUCAGAAACACGCGGCAUGGAAGCCUGUACAGACUGUCGGUGUUCUACUAUCCCAACAAACACUCGUCUCGAGUUGUUGUUUGCUCUCAGGAACCUUUUUCAGCGCUACAAACUUGUCGGCAGAAUUUUAUCCGUGCAGCGAUCUGUCAUGCUCGAGAAUUUCGAAGACCGCCUCAAUGAGUUUGACCGCGCUAUAACCACUUUCGAAGAUCUGUCCUUCAAUGGGACACUUCUUACAGUUGGUAUCCGAGGCCGUAUCUUGCUCACAAGGUCAAAACCGACUUAUGAAGAGAUGAAGGCCGGCGCAGCGACAGGCCCGGGAUACGAGAAGCUGCUGAACUUCUGCGCAAAAGCCAGGGAGCAUGGAAUGGAAUUUGCGUGGUCAGAUACCUGUUGCAUCGACAGAAACAGCAGUACAGAGCUCGACGAGUCAAUUCGUUCCAUGUUCCGGUGGUAUCGCAAUUCAUACAUCUGUAUCGUCCAUCUGGCACAAAGCAUGAUCGUCGAGGAUAUAUUGGACGAUGAAUGGACGACGAGAGGCUGGACAUUGCAAGAACUCCUUGCGCCCUGCCUCAUCAAAUUCUUCAACAAGCGUCCAUCCAAGGUGGACGAACGGAUGACCUGGGCAGCCAGACGCAAAACAACACGCGUCGAAGAUGUGGCCAAUUCCCUCGUGGAUAUUUUUGAUGUCAGCCUGCAGAUUGCGUACGGAGAAGGGGGAGACCGCGCAUUCUGUAGGCUCAUCGAGGCCAUCAUGCAGGCUGGCGAUCCUUCUGUGCUCAACUGGAAAGGCGAGGCUGCGAAACAUCACACUUCGCAUGCUAUUCCUCGAUCACCACAGAGUUUCGUGGAUCAUCGAGAAUUAAAGUUGACUAGUAGGCGACUGGAGAUGACCAUGACCGGCCUUGGCUUGCGAGUGCCUCUGGUGAUACUCCCUCUCAACCUCCAUUCGCUUACAUAUGAUUACGUGUCCCGCGUUACACUCGACUGCCCGCUGUGUCCGACCAGUAUGCUCUCGGCAUUGUCAACUACUCACUCAUCAACUGACUUUGUCGGGCUCGGGAACGUCUCUUCCCGAAAGCAACACUUUGAACCGUGGAUGCCUGUACGUCAGGAGGGCUUGGUCGAGGUUAACUUCCCGAACAUACCGACUCAUUUUGACGAGCAAGACCCAUGA